AUGGUGUCUAUGACAUAUCUCUCCCUGAAAAUUAUCCUUCCGUAUAUGGAUCCGAAUACCAGAUUCAAUCUCUGUCACAAGUGCCCAGCAAUUUCACAAAUCCUAAAGCAUUUACCAGUGACAAUAGAUCACAUUCAAUUGGGCAUCACAAAUAUCGUAAUCAACGGUACAACCUAUACACUUCAUAGCCAUGCAAACUCUGCACAUGCUGUACCAAAAGACAAUAAUCAUCAGCUAGUCGGAAAACAUUUUAUCCGUUUGUCUAGAGACGGUGAAGUAGUUGAGCGAGUGUUUCCAACCAAAAACUUAGCGACAGCUACUCAAUACAUGUAUCGUAAAUUUCUGAAAGAUGGCAACUUUGUAAUUGACACUUUAUCCAUCUUGGGUUAUGGUGUACCCUCAUUUCCGACGAGACUCAGAGUGAACAAUUUGAAAUGUCCGCGGCUUAGAACUUAUGAUUCCAUCGACCAAUUGGAACAAAUUAUAUCUGAUGAUAGUUUUCCUGUGGAGUCAAUCGAAAUCACAAUUGAUGAAUCAAUUAUCCAUCACCCAUUUAUUCAAAAUGCUCAAAAACUUAUCAUUAUGGAACAAACAGAGUUCAACCGUCAGUUGGUUCCAAUUCACAGAAAUGCAUACUUGAAAAAUGUGGCUUGCUUUCGGUGGCAAAUGAUGCAUUUGAUUAUUUUCUGGAAGGAAGGGAACUGUGCAGUCGGUACACAUCUUGCGAUGGAAACUACAGGCGGAUUCGGGUUGGAAAGCAUGCGUUUUCCCGUAGAAGAUGAGUUAGUAGGCAGGAAAGCAAUCAUUAAAAACAAAAUGUCGAACCAGGAUAUGGAAUGCAUCAAUGUCCCAAUGGAAAACAAUUUAGAGAUCAACAUUUAUAUCGAGCAGUUGAACCCGGAAAGAAACAUUGUCCAUUUUGAGGUUUACCCACACGGUUAUGCAACUAUUGUCUGA